UGAAUUAGGGUUUUUGAGAAUCUUCAUCUUUUGAUUUCAAUUAUUAUUCACCCACUGUGUAAUUCACUCGUCAGGAUUCAUCUGUGAAAUCAUGGUUACAGAUUCGAUCACCAACGCUUCUGCUACUUCAGCUCCGAGAGAUUCCGGGAAGAAGAAGAGGAACAAUAAGUCGGCUAAGAUGAAGCAGAACAAGCUUGGUCUCCGUCGUGAGCAAUGGCUUUCUCAAGUUGCGGUGAGCAAUAAGGAAGGUAAAGAGGAGAAGAGUGUUAAUCGAAGUGAAAAGUCUGAUCAGAGAGAUAACCAACCAGUGGUGUGUAGAGAAGAGGGUAAUAACGGUGGGAAUAAUCUUCAUCAUGAGAGUUUUAUGGAGUCGCCUUCGAAUAGCUCUGUUGGUGGUACAGAUUCAAGCACUAAUUUCAGUGGGAGAAGUAGCAGGAGUAGUAGUAGCAGCAGUGGCUUUUGCUCUGGUAAUGUAACAGAAGAGGAAAAUGUAGAUGAUGAUGAUGAUGAUGAUGAUGGGUGUGUGGAUGAUUGGGAAGCUGUUGCUGAUGCGUUAGCGGCUGAGGAAGAGAUUGAGAAAGAGAGUCGUCUCCAUGAAUCUGUCAAAGAGCAAGAGGGUGUUGGACAAUCAGCUUCUAAUGUGUGUGAUUCGAUAAGGGAUGCAUCAGAUGUUGUGUGUGUUAAAGAUCCAGAGCAGGAUUGCUUGAGAGUGGCUUCAAGGAAGCAAGAGAGUAAUAGAGCUUGGAGGCCAGAUGAUGACCUUCGCCCACAGGGGUUACCUAAUUUGGCGAAGCAGCUUAGUUUUCCUGAGUUAGACAAGCGUUUUAGCUCUGUGGCGAUUCCGUCUUCAUGUCCCAUAUGCUACGAAGACUUGGACUUGACGGAUUCAAAUUUUCUGCCUUGUCCUUGCGGAUUCCGGCUCUGUCUGUUCUGCCACAAGACAAUUUGCGAUGGAGAUGGGCGUUGUCCAGGGUGCAGGAAACCUUAUGAACGGAACGCGAUCAAGGCUGAGACUAGUAUUCAAGGUGGUGGUCUAACAAUUCGGUUGGCUCGUUCUUCUAGCAUGUUUUGCAAGUUUUAAAAGGAGAGUUGCGGUUUUCGCAAACCAUGUUGUCUUUUGGAACUCAGAGAACUUGAGCUUUGUUUUCUAUGUCAUCGAUGGUUCUAAGUCUGAAACACUAUGGUGAUGAUGUAGAGUGUGAUGUGUGAAUACAUAAAAGGUGGUACAGAAAAUUCAAAUACAUUUAGAUAGUUUCA